GAUCAAUUCCCAUCACCUACCGACGUGUAUGUAAGAUCUUAGUAAGCCACAUUCCGAUCCCGAUUCCUUAGGACGGAAAGCAGCAGGCCAUUGGCCAUUACCUCGUAUGCGAGUAAUAUAUUGUCGUCAUGUUCCUUCUACUCUCGUACUCCAAGGUAGAUUCAUACCAAGCUUGACCUUGGUAGAUACCUUGAUCAACUACCGCUCCGUUCUAUUCUUUUCAUUCGUCAAGGGGCGAGGGGUCAACAAGACCAAGGAAUGAUGCUUUCCACGCAAUAUUCCUCCUCGGAUUGAAGCUCCUAAACGCUUUCCCCCGAGCAGGCAAGAACACAAAGAAACUUUCAUGAGAGUAUGUAGGUAUCUUCCUCUACACCAAUCGCCAGCAUCAUAUCGUACCUGUCUUGGGAAAUUAUUCACAAAUUCCACCUUGUCUACGCAUUACCUACCUACGUAGAUCACACCCAUGCCAGUCAAUCAUUACCGUUGUCAAAUCACUUUAUUCUCCACAUGUUCAUGUUGAGGAAUCCUCAAUCGCAGCAUUUCUUUGACACUUCCGUUCAUGCCGUUCGUCAAGGAGAAAAAGAUCGCGUUUAGGAAGCAACAUCCAUAUCUUCAUGGGAACUUCGCGCCUAUACAUCGCACACAACCCUUGACACCUUGUAUCUAUACUGGUGUUAUCCCAAAGGAACUGGCAGGUGGAGAAUACGUACGCAAUGGAGGAAAUCCGGUGACAAACGAAGAAUUGGGUAGGGAUGCACAUUGGUUCGAUGGAGAUGGAAUGCUCAGUGGUGUAGCAUUUCGAAGGGCGGAAGAUGGUAGUGCACAUCCGUAUUUCGUCAACCAAUAUAUCCUUACCGAUACAUACCUCUCAAGUAUCUCAACACCAUCCCUCCGUUUACCCAUUCUUCCGAGCAUAGCUACGCUCGUUAAUCCUGCCUCGACUCUUCUCACGAUUAUUCUACGAAUUUUCCGAACUAUUUUCCUCGUCAUCCUCUCCAACCUACCUGGAUCUGCAAAGGCAAUCAAGAAGAUCAGCGUAGCAAAUACCAGUGUAGUAUACCAUGAUGGCAGAGCCUUAGCAACAUGCGAGAGUGGACCACCGAUGCGUAUUUCCUUACCAGGCUUAGAGACUGUCGGCUGGUACGACGGUGUUCGAGCAGAAGGAGAGCCGAUCACAGACACAAAGUCUGGCGAAGUCUUUGGUGGAAGUGGACUCAUUGGUUUCAUGAAGGAAUGGACAACGGCACAUCCUAGAAUCGAUCCUAUCACGAACGAACUCAUACUUUUUCAUUCUACAUUUAUUGCACCUUUUGUACAUUAUUCUAUUAUACCCAGCACAGAUCAUAAUGAUUCUCCUAAUAAGCUCCCACGACUCGUCAACGCAACUGUCCCUGGAGUCAAAUCCGCAAAGAUGAUGCAUGAUUUUGGUGUAUCCCUUAGUCAUACCAUAAUCAUGGAUCUCCCUCUUUCUCUCGACCCCAUGAAUCUUGCUCGUAACGAACCUGUGGUCUCAUAUGACCCAUCCGGGAUUUCCAGGUUUGGUGUUUUCCCAAGAUGGGAACCUGAACAUAUUCGAUGGUUUGAAACGAAUGCCUGCUGCAUCUUUCAUACCGCCAAUAGCUGGGACGAAACUGCCGUUAACACAUCUACCAAAAGCAAGGAAACAACAUCAAUUAAUAUGUUAGCCUGCCGGUUGACAAGUGCUUCACUAGUCUUUAGCGCAGGUGAUGUUGCAGCUCCUAUUCCGAAAAACAACCCAAUGACUGCUCCAAUCGAAGAAGAACAAUGCCGAUUGUACUAUUAUCGGUUUCCGCUUACCAAUUUGGAGAAUAGUAUAAGUCAUCAAUUUGCUCUCUCAUCAAUACCGUUCGAAUUUCCUUCAAUGCGCGAAUCUUUAGCCAUGGCUGAAGCUCAGUACGUUUACGGCUGCUCGGUAUCAGAUGGCACAUUUGGAGCUGCUCUUGGCCGUGCUGUCAAAAUUGAUUCACUCGUCAAAGUAGAUGUACUCGCGUUAAUCGCCCGUGGAAAGGAGACGAAUCAACUCCCCAUCACAGGUUGUGUUGAUACACGAACGGUCACUGAAAUUCUUACUUCGGACGAUCCAAAUGAUCCCAUUAAAAUCUUCAAACUGCCACAAGGUUUCUACGCCCAAGAGUCAAGAUUUGUACCCCGAGAAAAUGGCAAGACAGAAGAUGAUGGCUGGUUACUCUCUUAUGUUUUUGAUGAGGCACAACUCGAUGAACAUAAUAUUGCGGGUCCUCAAGCAAAAAGUGAACUUUGGGUUAUCGAUGCGAGGGAUAUGAAAACCGUUGUAUGUAAAAUACACCUUCCGCAGCGAGUUCCGUAUGGAUUACAUGGAGCUUGGUUCAAUGAAAAGGAGAUUGAGAAUCAACGACCAAUAGAGACUAUUCGACAUCUUCCUUUGAAGAAGAAGAAUUCCAGCCAUGAGAGCAUAUGGAUGCAUUCAUGGAUGUCGAUGCGGAUGUGGCUUUUGGAGAAGAUCGGAUGAUGAUUAUAGUGGUUUAUGAUGAAUUUAUUCUGUAUUGAUGUUUUAUAUACCCUUGCACAUCAAUCUCAAACGGCGUCUGGUUGAUGGUCUUUUUGUUAAUAAAUCAGAGUCUGCAAUGCAAACAUACUCUCUUAUUCAUUCAUACGGGUAAUCGUCUGCCACAAUUCACCUGUGUAGGCUAAAAUACUUCAUCCCAUCAAAUCUAGAUCCAUCGAUACUCAACAUGAAACGUGAUGUUUAUAUAGUGGAUCCACGGACGUUAUGCUGCUUUUGAAUGUCCGAAAAAUAUAGUGAAAAUUUGAGGGAGCUUGAGAGGGGGGGUGGAAAAGCGGCGAGGGAAUGUUUCGGGGGGGUGA